GUGAUGGGAUGUGGGCAAGGCCUGUCUGGGACAGGCCGAACCCAACUCCUCACAGGGCCGAAUCCUUUGCCUGCAGCCCAGGAACCCGAAGGCGCUUGCCUCGGCCUCAAGGCGCACCCAAGGGGCACGAGAUCUCUGGGGCACUGAGGUCGCCGCUCCGGGGCCUCCAGGCGGCUGCCUCGCCACGCGCCUCGGCCAUGUUCCCCCCAUUUCCGGGGAGGCUGGAAUGCCGUGGGUCUCAAACGGGGCGCGCGAGAGGGGAGACCGCGAGCCUUGCUCACCUCGAGCUCUCAGCUCGCUCCAUGGAUGCAACACCCGAUCUGCCUCGGGGACUGGGAAAGUUUCCUCCACGGCUCCCACAGGCGCUCCGCCUCCUGAACUCCCAUUGGCUGCUUUCGACGUUGUGCUCCACCCUUUCCGGGCGGGGCGGCAAAAAAAUACUUCCCGUCUCUCCUUUUCGCCUAUUGGCUCUGUCAAAGGUCGAGUUCGUGACGUCAAAGAGCCUGGGCCAAUCAGAGCACACCGGACUGCGUUUUCCCGAACGCCCGCAGCAGGGUCAAAAGGGAGGUGGCCGGUCUCUGUCGUGGCCUCUGACGGCUUCUGAGCGUUGGCGUCUGGCACGCGCUACCCCCUCUUGCUUUGGUUCCACCAUGCCGAUGUACCAGGAAGAGUCUAACCCAUCUCUGCAAGCUCUUGAGUCCCGCCAAGAUGAUAUUUUAAAACGUCUGUAUGAGUUGAAAGCUGCAGUUGAUGGCCUCUCCAAGAUGAUUCAAACACCAGAUGCAGACUUGGAUGUAACCAACAUAAUCCAAGCGGAUGACCCCACGACUUUAACCACCAAUGCGCUGGACUUGAAUUCAGUGCUUGGGAAGGAUUACGGGGCACUGAAAGACAUCGUGAUCAACGCGAACCCGGCCUCCCCUCCCCUCUCCCUGCUCGUGCUGCACAGGCUGCUCUGUGAGCACUUCAGGGUCCUGUCCACGGUGCACACGCACUCCUCGGUCAAGAGCGUGCCUGAAAACCUUCUCAAGUGCUUUGGAGAACAGAAUAAAAAACAGCCCCGCCAAGACUAUCAGCUGGGAUUCACUUUAAUUUGGAAGAAUGUGCCGAAGACGCAGAUGAAAUUCAGUGUCCAGACGAUGUGCCCCAUCGAAGGAGAAGGGAACAUUGCACGUUUCUUGUUCUCUCUCUUUGGCCAGAAGCAUAAUGCUGUCAACGCAACCCUUAUAGAUAGCUGGGUAGAUAUUGCAAUUUUACAGUUAAAAGAGGGAAGCAGUAAAGAAAAAGCCGCUGUUUUCCGCUCCAUGAACUCUGCUCUUGGGAAGAGCCCUUGGCUCGCUGGGAAUGAACUCACCGUAGCAGACGUGGUGCUGUGGUCUAUACUCCAGCAGACCGGAGGCUGCAGUGUGACAGUGCCAGCCAAUGUGCAGAGGUGGAUGAGGUCUUGUGAAAACCUGGCUCCUUUUAACAUGGCCCUCAAGCUCCUUAAGUGAAUUUCCAUAACUGAUUUUAAAGGGUUUAGAUUUUAAGAAUGGUGCUCUUUCAUGCGUAUUAUCAGUAAGGGGACUUGUAUUAGAGUCAGAGUCUUUUUAUUUAGGCCAGUUGUCAAGUGUCAAUAAAAGCAUCAUGUAA